GAAAUCCGCAAUAUCACCUGGAUAUCCGAAUGCAUCGCACAGAACCAAAAGGAUCGGGUAAACAAUUAUAUCAGUGUGUUUUAAAAUGCGGCGAGGGAGGCAUCCAAGAAAAUGACCAUUCCUGUAAUCUUUCAAGUCCCCGGAGUUUUGGCGUCAUUCAUUUGAGAGUGCAUAUCUAGAAAGAAGCAGAAAAAAUGAUUCAUUCAUGUCAAACGUCUCUCCGUGGUGGAACUUUUUUCCGUCUGUGCGACGCCACUCUCCCCCAAACUGAACAAAGAAUAAUCAUGUCUGUAGGCAGUGUUUAUGGAACAUCGUUGGUCUGUUUGAGCUUCUCCUCCAUGUGGAGCGACUUGCGCAACACUUAAUGAAUAUUUAC